AUGCUCAGCGCCGCUCUCCGGAGGCGAGUUCUCGCCCCUACGCACAGUGCUCUGCGCAAUGGCUUCGCCGCUCACGUCGUCCGCUGCUAUGCCUCAUUCCCCGAUCACCAGGUCAUCAAGAUGCCUGCCCUGUCCCCGACCAUGACGGCUGGUAACCUUGGCGCCUGGCAGAAGAAGCCUGGCGACACCAUCGGCCCGGGCGAGGUCCUCGUCGAGAUCGAGACCGACAAGGCCCAAAUGGACUUUGAGUUCCAGGAGGAAGGUGUAGUUGCCAAGAUCCUCAAGGAGGCUGGCGAAAAGGAUGUCGCCGUCGGCAGCCCCAUCGCGAUCCUUGUCGAAGAGGGCACCGACAUCGCGGCCUUCGAAAAGUUUACACUCGAGGAUGCUGGUGGCAACGCCCAAGCCGCUGCUCCCAAGGCUGAAGAGAGCAAGUCGGACGCCCCGGCCCCCACCGAGUCGAGCUCUCCGGCUCCCGAGCCCGAGCAGUAUGCUUCUUCCGGCAAGAAGCUCGAGACCGCUCUUGACCGUACCGCCAACGCCAGCCCUGCUGCCGUCCGCCUUGCCAGAGAGAAUGGUGUCAGCAUCGACACUCUCAAGGGCACCGGCAAGAGUGGUCAGGUCACCGAGGACGAUGUCAAGAAGGCUGGAAGCGCUCCUGCCGCUGCCGCUCCCGGCGCUACCUACGAGGAUCUGCCCGUCAGUGGAAUGCGCAAGGUCCUCAACAGCUCUUCUGAGGGCAAGUACAAGCUGUCCGUCAACGAUUUCCUGAUCAAGGCCAUCUCCAUUGCCUCCAAGAAGGUGCCCGCCGUCAACUCGAGCUGGCGUGGCGAGACCAUCCGUCAGUUCAACUCUGUCGACGUCUCUGUCGCUGUGUCGACUCCCACUGGCCUCAUCACCCCCAUCGUCACUGGCGUUGAGGGCCGCGGCCUCGAGUCCAUCUCCAGCAAGGUCAAGGAGCUCGCCAAGAAGGCUCGCGACAACAAGCUCAAGCCGGAGGAGUACCAGGGCGGCACCAUUUCCAUCUCCAACAUGGGCAUGAACAACGCCGUUGACCACUUCACUGCUGUCAUCAACCCUCCACAGGCUGCCAUCCUCGCCGUCGGCACCACCAAGAAGGUCGCUGUCCCUGUCCAAAACGAGGACGGCUCCGCCGGUGUUGAGUGGGAGGAUCAGAUUACCGUCACUGCCAGCUUCGACCACAAGGUCGUCGAUGGUGCUGUCGGCGCCGAAUGGAUUCGCGAGUUCAAGAAGGUCAUCGAGAACCCUCUUGCGCUCCUGCUCUAA